AUGGUUCUCAUAUUAUUGGAACUGCUGCUUCACGAAGCAGCAGCAAAUGGUGACGAUAGACGAAUUGAAGAGCUUCAAUCUUUCAUAAAACGUGGAACGAUUUUGAUCAACGUAACUGACGAAGGAUGGGGAAAUAGAACUCCAUUGCAUUGUGCUGCUGAAAGAGGAAACUCGAGGUGUGUAAAGCUACUGUUGGAAUCGGGAGCAAAUCCUUACUCACGAAUGACUGGAGGCUGGACACCAGCCCAUUGUGCGGCUGAAGCUGGAAAAUUUGACAUAUUAAAAACUCUAAUACACCAUGGCACUGAGAUCGGCAUUGAGGAUGAUUUCGGGGAUAGCCCUCGAAACAUUGCAGAAAUUUAUGGCCAUGAAGAAUGUGCUCAACUAUUACAAAGGUGUGCAAUGUUUACAAAAAGAGCAAGGAAAUGA